AGGUACAACCACCGCACCGAUAAGAGCUUGUAUUUAGAUUUAUGUAUCCACAUUUAGAUUAAAGCAAUCAUUUUAUAGAUUGAAUGAUUAUUUAUCGUUAAUAUUGUUAUCCUAAAAGAUAAGAAUUUACAACAAAUAAUCAUUUUUUUUACAAUAGUAUUCCCAUAAUUUUUUACUAGUGUUUUUUCUAACAAGAAGAAAAGUUUUCAAAAAACCAUAUUUUAUGUUGUAAAAUAAGUAAUCAGCAUUCAAUUUAAAUUGAAACAUGGGCUGAUCUCAACUUUAUUUUAUAAAAGACGCAUUUAGUUUUUUUUUUUUUGUCUGCUGAAAUAAAAAUAAGUAAAUAGUGAAAAUAUUGAUUAAAAAAUUAGUGAUAUCCUUUUUGAUAAAUAGUUUAGACUUAAACCUUUGGUGAUAGAACCAGUUAUUUUACUAAAGGUUCAUAUUACAUCAUUUUAUGAAAGUAUUUUGAAAAUUAAAUGGAUCAAUCCAACUUAAAUCCAUCUAGACAUAUAUUGACUAAUUAUGCUAAUCAAUCAUUAGAAAAAAGUAAUUCAUUGAAUUUGCGAACAGACUAUGCAACUUUACCAUCAUCUCAACUUCCAUCAUCACAUAACCAUCCUCAUAAUUUCUGGUCUCAGCAAAACUUUAACAAUGUAUGGACACAAUUUCAUACACUAGGAUCAGCAACUUCUACUAAUUCGAUUGCUAUUACAUCACCUUGUACUACUAAUACUUACAGUCCAACUACAAGUUCUAGUAUGAAAUCGUCUCCUCGUUGGCGAUCAUUCAGUGUUAAUUCAAGACAACGCUCUCCUUAUCAGUUUGGAAAUACUCCUAGAAAUAAUCAUUCUAGACAAUUUUCUUCUAAUAAUAAUGGACAUUUUUUUGGUAAUACUCUGUCUAGUCAGUCAAGUUUAUCAAAUCAAAAUUGGCAACAAUUUAACCCAAGACCUCGAUUUACUCCAAGACAAAAUGUACGAAUAAAUAGGCCACGAAGUGCUGUUCAAAUUCAAACAAAUGGGAAUAAUCAAGAAUCAAGUUCAGUAGCUGAAAGUAAGACCCGUAAACGUAAACUAAAAUCUCAACAAUCUGGAGAACCGCAACGAGCUCAAAAACCUUGGAAUCGUGAAGAUGCAGAGAAAGCGAUUGCUGCUGAGAUGGAACUUCGUACACCUAAAAAUAACCAACAAAUAAUGAUAAGAUUUCCGGACCAUGAAAUAACAAGACAAAUUGUACAGAAUUUCCAUUCAGACAUUAAAUCUGUACAUUUUCAUACACCUUGUAACCCAAGGUAUUGCUAUGUACAAGUACAACCAAAUGCAGAUAUAGAAAGUGUCGCUAAAGAAUUAAAUGAAACAAUUUUUCAACAUGAAAAGUUACGAGUGGAAAUAAAAGAAAGUCAAUUUGAGGAAAAACCAUUUCCUGAAUGUAUUGAUCCUUAUACGUUAUAUCUUGGUAAUUUGCCAACUAACAUUACAUCUAAUGCAGUUAAAGAUGAAUUUCCUAAAGCGACUCGAGUUGAUAUUGGCUUUGCUAAAAAAAUGAAGUAUACUAGAUAUGCUUUCAUUAAAUUUUCAAAUGCUGAAGAUGCAAUUCAAGCUUAUAAAGAAAAAUAUAAUUUAGUUAUUGAUAGUCGAUCUGUAGUAUUGAGGUUCAGACGUGGCAAAGGAAAUGUUAAUCCUCCAGGACAAGUAGAUAAAUUGCCUAAUGAAAUGAAUGAAUUUGAUACGCAUAGAUCACCUUUGAUAGUAAAACAAGAACCAGAGGAAAUUCAAGAAAUUGAACAAUAUGAUUUACUACCUGAAUGUGAUGGCCCCGAAAUCAAUAUAUCUUGUAUUAAACCAGAAAUUAUUGAAGAUGAAGAUGAUCCAGAUGCCAUAUAUGAAUCUAAUUUGCCAUAUACAAGCGAUUCCAAUGUUAAAUCUGAAUUUCCUGAUUAUGACGAUGAAUAUGAAGAUAAUUAUUCUUGCGAGGGUGAAGCAGAAAAUGUUCCAUAUACAUUUCAAACAAAUAAAAAUGGUACUGUUAAAGUUGUACUAACAGGGAACAACCAUGCCAAAUGUAUAGAGUCAAGUUUAGAUGAUAUUGCAAUUACACCUGUUAUUGAAGACGAUGAAGAUAGAAGAUGGGCUCAAAAGGAACAUGAAGAUGAGUUGGAUUCUGAUGAAGUUCCUUACUCAUUUGUUCAUAGUAAACAAAAAAAAGGAAAUUUCUGUGAUAAUACAUCAUCAUACAGUUAUGAAAGUGAUAAAAAAAGGAUUUUAUCCCCAGAUAAAAUUGAAGAUGGGCAUCAAUUAUCUAAACAUAUUACAAAAAAAAAUAAGUAGAAAUGCAAAAUACAA